AUGUCUGCAUCGUACGACCGAGCUUUAACCGUAUUCUCUCCUGACGGGCAUCUCUUUCAAGUGGAGUAUGCACUUGAAGCUGUCAGAAAAGGGACUUGUGCAGUUGGCGUUCGUGGAAAAGAUGUUGUCGUGCUCGGUGUCGAGAAGAAAUCUGUGCUGCAGCUCCAGGACUCUCGGACCGUCCGGAAGGUUGUCAUGCUCGAUGACCAUAUUUGUCUCGCAUUUGCAGGUCUGACCGCUGACGGGCGUGUCCUUAUUGACAAAGCACGUGUGGAAUGUCAGAGUCACCGCCUUACUGUAGAAGAUCCCGUCUCUGUGGAAUAUAUCACUCGGUAUAUUGCGGGGAUUCAGCAGAAAUAUACGCAAUCUGGUGGGGUGCGCCCCUUUGGCAUUUCGACUCUGAUUGUGGGCUUCGAUCCUGCGGAUACGCGGCCCCGACUAUAUCAGACGGAACCCAGUGGUAUAUACAGUGCUUGGAAGGCAAACGCCAUCGGUAGAUCAUCUAAGACAGUCCGAGAAUUUCUUGAGAGGAAUUAUAAGGACGACUUAAGCCGGGACGAAGCGGUGAAGCUGACAGUGAAGAGCUUGCUGGAGGUUGUGCAAACUGGUGCAAAAAAUAUCGAGAUCAGCCUCAUGGAAGGUUUUAAUCAAAUCACUAAUCUGGACUUCCAAACUAUUGAGUCCAUUGUGGCUGAGAUUGAGCGCGAAAAGGAGCAAGAGGCGGAAAGGAAGCGGACACGGCAAGCUGCCACGGCAGCCUCUCAGGCAGCUAUGAUGGCAUCAUCUGCAGGGCAUUCAUCUUGA